GUACUUGUUGCAGCUAGCCAUAUCUUGCGCUAGCUUCUCCUCUCUCUCUCUCUCUCUCUCGAGCACCGCCAUUGCUCUUGACCUAAUCUAAUAUAUAGGGUCGGCCGAUACAGCAGUACUAGUCUUUAGUUGCAGCUUGGGGUCCUCCAUGGAAACACUAUGGGUUUUUGCCUUGGCCAUGGCGGUAGCUUCUAUCCUGUGGGCGUACAGAUGGAGCCACCCCAAGGCGAACGGCCGGCUGCCUCCGGGCUCCCUCGGGCUCCCUCUCCUCGGCGAGACCAUGCAGUUCUUCGCCCCUAAUCCUACCUGCGACGUCUCCCCCUUUGUCAAGGAUAGGGUGAACAGGUACGGUACCAUCUUCAAGACCAGCGUCGUCGGCCGGGCGGUGGUGGUGUCGGCAGACCCGGACCUUAACCACUACAUCUUCCAGCAGGAAGGAAAGCUGUUCGAGAGCUGGUACCCGGCCACGUUCACCGAGAUUUUUGGCCGUGACAACGUCGGCUCCCUGCACGGGUUCAUGUACAAGUACCUCAAGACCCUCGUGCUCCGCCUGUACGGCCAGGAGAACCUCCGGGCUGUGCUCCUCGCCGACACCGACACUGCCUGCCGCGCCACCCUUGCCUCCUGGGCUGGCCAGCCGAGCGUCGAGCUCAAGGACGGUCUCUCCACAAUGAUCUUUGACAUUACCGCGAAGAAGCUGAUCGGUUACGAGCCAACCAAGUCGUCCAAGAGCCUGAGGAAGAACUUCGUGGCCUUCAUCAGGGGGCUUAUCUCGUUCCCGGUGAACAUCCCCGGCACAGCGUAUCAUGAGUGCAUGAAGGGGAGAAGGAACGCCAUGAAGGUGCUCAAGAGGAUGAUGAGGGAGAGGAUGGCGGACCAGGGGAGGCAGCGCCAGGACUUCCUCGACGUGAUGAUCGAGGAGCUGAGGAGGGAGAAGCCCGUGCUUACCGAGACGGUGGCGCUGGACCUCAUGUUCGUGCUCCUCUUCGCGAGCUUCGAGACGACUGCCUUGGCCCUCACGCUAGGCAUCAGGCUCAUUACCGAGAACCCGAGGGUGCUCGACGCGCUAACGGAGGAGCACGAGGCGAUCGUUAGGGACAGGAAGGACCCGGAUGCCGGCCUCACGUGGGCAGAGUACAAGUCCAUGACCUUCACCUCUCAGGUCACGUUGGAGAUAGCAAGGAUAGCCAACAUCGUGCCCGGGAUUUUUCGGAAGGCCUUGCAAGACAUUGAAUUCAAAGGCUACACUAUUCCAGCAGGGUGGGCAGUCAUGGUGUGCCCUCCAGCAGUGCAUUUAAAUCCCGAAAUCUAUGAGGACCCAUUGGCUUUUAAUCCAUGGAGGUGGCAGGAUAAGAUGGAAAUCACCGGUGGAACAAAGCAUUUCAUGGCGUUCGGUGGGGGUCUCCGGUUCUGCGUCGGAACCGACCUCAGCAAGGUGCUGAUGGCGACCUUCAUCCACUGCCUGGUGACAAAAUACAGAUGGAAGACGGUAAAAGGAGGUAACACAAUGCGUACCCCAGGACUGAGCUUCCCAGAUGGCUUUCACAUUCAGCUCUUCCCUAAGAAAUGACAUCACAUGUCUGUCGGCUCAAUCUGGCUGUGCGAAGCAAAAAAAAAAUCAAGAAAUAACUAUGUAAAUGUGGUAUAUGUAGAUUGUAAAGCACUCUGUAUACCUUGAGGUCGUUUUAGGGCACCUUUUAUGCUCAUUGUUACUCUGGUAGCAGUAUUGUAGUCACACCACAGAAAUAUUAGUCCUCUAGUCCAAGCAAGAGGUAAUUAUUUUUUAGGGGGUGCGUGUAUGAAUUAGGUAACAUUGUCAUUGUUAUAAUCACGCAAGGCCAGUUCCAAAAUGCAGUUCGGCGCUGUCCUUUGCAACACUCCACCACACAACCCAAGCAAAAGGUAAUUGUUGGUUGUUUCCCAUGAGGGUAAUUCGUCGUCCACAUGGUCUACGUGUCUACUCAUAUGUUAUUUAUCUCUUAUAUUUGCAUCAUUAUUGCAAAUGAAAGUGAAUAGUCUUAUGUGUGCU